GCGUGCAGAGUUGCAUGCACAAGCACGGUAGUUGUGACCUAGCAGACAGGUGUAGGUAUGAUUGGGUGUUCAAAGGUAUGCACACCCAUCUUUCCCUUGUCUACGUUUUAGUGGAAGGUGGUACGCCUUUUGAGGGUUCACCGCUUUAUUAAUACAUCUGUCUUGCUGUUUUUAGUCACACCUGUGCCGUAGCACCCGACCCUGUCGUCGGGGUAGCGAAAACACACUCGCAGCCUGCAAAGCGUGUUGCCGCGGCGGUUCAAGUCAAGAGCAUCUUUCCAGAAUCUACCUACUCUGAUGCCGUUACAGCAGACAUAUGUCAUAAGGCGAAGCCUCGGCAAGUCACGAGAGAAUAUCGGACAGGUCCAGCAACUGCGGCAGCAUGGCGGCGGUGUGGCGGGCCGUCCAGUUCGUGAGCAGCUGGAGCCUGAGCGAUUGGAGCUCGUUUGCUGCAGUGCUCUGUGCGAUUGACUGCACCGUCCUACCGGCUCUUGUGGCGGUACUGCCAGUCCUUGGCCUUAUUGGUGACGCAGAAGGUGCUCACGAACAACUUCAUCAUUACUCACAUCUGGCAGCGUUCUACGUCGUUCUGCCCCUAGGUCUCAUCACACUCGUGAUUAACUAUACGCAGCAUCGACGACCACAUCUUCUUCUUUGGGGACUGCUCGGUCUCUCGAUUGUUUUCGUUGCACACUCGCACCACAGGGUCCCCCUGCCCCACUGGCUACAUGAAAUCGUCCAUCACCACACCGCAGUCGGCGUACUGGGAUCGGCUGUAUUGAUUUCCAGUAACUUUUUCUCCCACAGAGCCAUCCACGGCCACGGCGCUGCAGGCUCACAUACUUGCUGCGAAAUGAAGGGCCGCUGCCAUGCAGUGAACGGAGACAGACACGAUGUUGGUGUAGCUUCACAAGCGAAAGUGAACUGAGGUCUGGCAUAACCAGGGAGAGACUGCAGCGGAACGGAACUCUUCCGCGGGAUGCCUGCAGCUGAGGUGUACAGUUUAACAUCCACUGUAACAGGGUUUUCUUAUGGAAUCAAAAGUGUGUUGACGCUUGGAGGACACACUGUCAACGUGGUUAAGUAAACUGGUAGCCAGCAGGAUUUUCCAUGCCGCGUGUUCAUAAAUCAGUUCUGAAGGUUCAUCUGUGGAGGCAGCAGAUUUCAGUUAUAAGACUGAUGUAGUAUUUACUCCUUUUGUGAAUGAAUGCGACUUGCUUCCUGCUUGCCUUGCAUGCCGGUUUACUGUUUCCUGGUAUUUGACUGUUUGUAUGAUAUAACUCUGAGUGUUCCCCCUCCGUCUUCAUGCCACGUUCACGGCUCGCAGGCUCGGUGCCAUGUGGCCAGUGUCAACGGCACGGCGUGACUGCCUGUAAUGCGAGCGAACGAGCAGUUGGACAACCAACUAUGUGCGGAAGUGUGGUGCUGCUGGCCUCUUGAAAGCUUAUAUUGAAGUUAUUGAAAGCAAUUCUGGUCAUUUUCAAGCCGUC